AUGAGGUUCUUUUCACUUACAAGCUUGACGCUUGCGCUUUCUUCGCUGGCAACUACUUUUGCUGCUAAGUCUUUCUCAGCUUCCAACUUGUAUUAUGCUGCUGGAUUGACAGAUAGUCAACAAACCGCGCUUUUAUCAGGCCUUCAAAGCGCUGGUGUCAAGGUUCUUCGAGUUUGGCUCGAUGGACAAUCUGGUUCUCCAAAGGGCACUCAGAUUAACCCUUACAAUGCCUUGCAAGGCUCAGGUCCCGGAGAUUGGGACGAUACAGUUCUGAACAGGCUUGACACGUUUAUGGUCAAGGCUCAUGACUAUGGUAUUAAGCUUCUCAUCUCCAUUCACAGCUACAAUGCUCUGGAGGGUCAAAUGGAUUUCUAUGGUAAGUGGUAUGGCACUGGUGACUUUUAUACCAAUAGUCAAGCCCAAAACUAUUUCAAGGACCGUAUCUCUCAUGUUCUUGCGCAUAAAAACCCCAAGAACGGGAAGCCGUGGAGCCAGAGCUCUGAGUAUAUAUUUGCAUUCGAGGCUCAGAACGAAGCCAUGCACCCUCAGGGAAAUCCUUCAGCGCUCCAAUCGUGGCAGUGUACCAUGGCCAAGAGCAUCAAGGACAACUUGAAAGGAAACACGGACAUACUCGUAACAACUGGCGGAGGAGCUUGGCUUGCCAACUCCCUCCUCGAUGGUUACUUCACUUGCAGCAGUCUCGAUGUCCUCGCCAUUCAUGCUUAUGGCGUUGGGGACUACGAUACCUCGAAGCUUCGGACCUAUGUCGACAGAGCUAAGAAUGCUGGCAAGAAGCUUAUCAUGCAGGAAUGGGGUGCGUGUUACACGAAUGCUUUGAACAACGACUGUAACGGCGGAUCGCCACUCUCCACAAGCACCCGAGAUGCCAAUAUCAAGAAAUGGGCUGCCCAGAUUGACGCUGCGGGAAUCCCCUGGUUUUACUGGCAGAUUAUCCCUAACCCUGAUCCUCACCACGGUUGGGAUUACGAGGUCGGCAUCAACGAUGUGAACUGGGAGGCCCUCAAGGCUGCCGGAAAAGCUGCAGGACAAGCUGAGUCUUCUUUUGACUUUAGUCGCUACCUUUUAUAA